AUGACAUGCCCAAUAAGCUUGCUGGCCCUGUCCAUCAGGAUUGAGAAAUUUCGCACGAUAAUUGCAUAUGGUUACGAUAUCAAGGAUGCACUAUUACAGAAUACUCAGGCAGACUCAAGCGUCGACGAUUACCUAGCUAGGAGCUAUUACGCGAAAGAACUCCUCAAUUGUCUCCACCGAAGUAUUGCUGUCUCCGAAUGGGCGAAGAUCAGAAAUGGCGAGACCGUUCCGCUUGACCGCGCAUUAGGCGCAUUUGAUCUUUUCGUGCCUGAAAGUGGCUAUGGGAGCUUGGAUGAAAUAAGCAAUACACUUGAAGGGAUUGCCAGAAAGUUUUUGAUGCACCAUCCUGAUAUCCAUAGACUCACGUGUCGUGCUAAGGCAAAAGCCAUUGCUGCGUACCUGAAGGCAAAUGACCUCACGGGUAUCAAAAAUGGACGCGAGUAUGACACGUUGCAACACAACUUUCUGGGAAUUGCAUUAAAGGACCCCGAACACAACUCUCUGCCCUUGAUCUCAGCAGCCAUAUACUGCUAUGUUGCACAGAAGUUUGGCCUUGAUGCCCACCCUUGUGGCUUUCCUUUUCAUGUACAUGUUAUAGUGAAACCACCCAUCGGCUUCGAUAUUGAUGGGAAUGCACUUGGUCCGGGAAUCGAGAGUGUCCCGAUCUACAUGGACCCAUUCCGCUCAGAUGCAGAGACCCAUGUCGCGAGCUUGCAACACCAACUGAACUUUUUGGGCCUGUCGGUGGCCGAACAGUCGCCAUACUUGAACGAGUCAUGGACACCAGAAAUUGUUAUACGCUGCAGCACGAACAUAAUGAGUCAACUGCGAAGAUUAUCCGAGGGUGCAAGCGCACAUAUGAGCGUCGAAAAUAUUCUCAGCGCAAAGUACGCCGCUCUAUGGUCGGCGAUCUUGUUACUGGGCCCAUCCCGCCCUGCAGAGUUCAGCCAUUAUAUGCCAUUGUUCAUGGAGCUUUAUGCCAAGGAAUUCCCAUCAGACACUUAUCUUAUUGAACGACACAUAGCUCCCCUAUUCCAUGGUACAUUGGAACAUGCGCAUAUCCUGGAAUGCCUUCAUGUCAUGCGCGCGGUUGACGAGAUGCCGAAACAGGUCAAACGCCGUAAUCCAGGCCACAUGAGCGUAAAGUAUCGAGUUGGCCAAGUUUUCCGCCAUCGCCGCUACAACUAUGUCGGCAUCAUCAUAGGCUGGGACACAGAGUGUGAUGCAGGCGAACAGUGGAUGAGAAGAAUGGGUGUUGAUCGCCUCGCAGGUGGGAGACAUCAAAGUUUUUACCAUGUUCUGGUCGAGGAUAGAAGCGUGCGAUAUGUGGCAGAAGAGAACAUUUGGCCAACUGCACCUCGGUUGGCAGACAUGCCGCGCGAUCUACUUGAAACUGCAGGGAAACAUUUCAAACGAUGGGACGAGGAAAAUCAUGUUUUUAUAAGUAAUGUUAAGGAUGAAUACCCCGACGAUUAA